AUGCCACUUUUUAUUUCAAAUCGUCAAUAUACUGUUUGGGUAAAUGAAAGUCGACGAGUCAAUUUUGAUCUAAACUCACCAAAUGAAUGGAUUAUACAAUCAGAAUGGAAUGCAACGAAUAUACAAUUUUAUUGUCCAGUAGGAAAUUCAUUUUUAUCAGAGUACAAUAUGUCGAGACCAUUUGAAAGAUUUUUUAAUCUAUAUAAGACACAAAAUCGCAAAAUCAAUCCAUCAUUUACAGCGUUAGUUCAAGCUCGUGGUGAAACAACUCGUAUAUCACCAUUGUUUGUAUUUGGACCAUGGACACAAACAGGAAAUGUUCUAAAUAACCAAACUGAAAUUGAUGUUGUGCAAAGAAUGAUUCCACUUAAUAUUCCAAUAACAGUUCGCAUUGGUGUUUUACAUUUUUUCCCAUCGGGGUCGCAACAAGUCGUCAUUUUGUUUGUUGGUAGUAUUGAUUUCAGCAAUAAAAAUGCUGCACUUUGGUAUCAAAAACAAAUUCAAGAAAGUAUCGAUCUUGGUCAUAAUGGAUUUAUGUUAGAUUUUCGUGAAUAUACACCGGUUAACUCUAUAUCAUCAAAUGAAAUGAGUGGCCUUGAAAUGCACAAUCAUUUUAUUGGGCUCUAUCAAAAAACAGUUUAUGAAAUGACAUUGAAUUAUACAGCUGUUGAAAACAUACUUCAUUUGGAUGAAAAUGAAAAGAAAAGUUCAUCAAUUAAUUAUCAAUCGGAUUUUUUAUUUCAUGCAUGUAGUGGCUAUACACAUAGGGCACAAUAUUCUCAAUUACAUUGGCCAGGUGAUGCUAGUGUUGAUUGGAAUAUAUAUUCAGUACAAGAUGUUUAUUUACCGUUAGGUGAAAAUUGGAUUGAUAUAUCAACAAAUCUUAUUUAUGAUCAUGAUACGGACGGUCGAUAUCGACUUGGAAAAACUGAUAUAUUUCAUGGUGGUCAAUGGAUCAUGAAUGUAAGAGAUGAUCUUUUAACAAUUCCAUUAUUUGCACGAGCUGACUCAAUCAUUCCUCCGAUUGAUUCAAGUGCUUUUACAUAA